AAGUUAUAAUUUUGUCAUAUAUUUAUUUUUAUAUUUGUAAUUAUCAUUUUCAAUUAUUUCAACAAAAAUAAAAAAAAACUGGCUAUAAAAUUAUUCGAGGAUUCCGAAAUGUCCUCGCUAAAAGAUUCACUAUUAUCCAAAUGGUGUAAAGUAGAAUCGCCGGGAGGUAUUAGUCCAAAACCACGACAUGGGCAUCGAGCCGUUAAUGUCAAAGAUAUGAUGAUUGUAUUUGGCGGUGGUAAUGAAGGAAUCGUUGACGAAUUACAUAUAUACAAGACUUCUACCAAUCAAUGGUUUAUUCCAGCAUUGAAAGGCGAUAUACCACCUGGUUGUGCUGCUUAUGGAAUCACCACCGAUGGAAAUCGAGUAUUUAUUUUUGGCGGUAUGGUUGAAUAUGGAAGAUAUUCGAAUGAUUUGUAUGAAUUAAAAGUGGCCACAUGGGAAUGGAAAAAAAUUAGAGCACGUACGUCUAAGAAUGUUGAACCACCACGCGCUCGACUUGGACAUUCAUUUACCAUUGUUGGUAAUAAAAUUUUUCUAUUCGGUGGACUGGCCAAUGAUAGUGACAAUCCCAAACAAAACAUGCCUAAAUACCUGAACGAUCUAUAUGUAUUAGAGUUGAAAAAUUCGGUUUAUCAGUGGGAUAUGCCAAAUUGUAGUGGUGAACCUCCAACACCACGUGAAUCACACACAGCUGUAACAUUUACACCACGUAAUGGUCCUGGACCAAAAUUGUUGAUUUAUGGUGGCAUGAGUGGUUUUCGUCUAGGCGAUAUCUGUAUUCUGGAUAUACCAUCCAUGACAUGGAGUAAAGUUGAUCCUUCAGGUUCAAUACCAUUUCCACGAUCGUUGCAUACGGCUACAGUAAUCGAUCAAAAAAUGUACAUAUUUGGUGGCUGGGUACCUGUAUCUUGUAAUACGGAUUCAACAUUAUCCGCCGAAAAACUUGGUCAACAUCAUCAGGAAAAAGAAUGGAAAUGUACUAACACGUUUGCCUGUUUAAAUUUGGACACUAUGCAUUGGGAAUUUAACUCUCCUGAAAUAAGCGAUGAUAUCAAUGUACCAAGAGCUCGUGCUGGCCAUUCAGCUGUAGCCAUUGGUUCAAGACUUUUUAUUUGGUCAGGUCGCGAUGGCUACAGAAAAGCAUGGAACAAUCAGGUUUGUUGUCGUGAUCUAUGGUAUCUGGAAACGGAAAAACCAUCGGCUCCUGUUCGAAUACAAUUGGUUAAAGCAACAACAUCAACUUUCGAAAUUACUUGGGGAUCGGUUGCUAACGCCGAUUGCUACAUUGUACAGAUACAGAAAAUCGAAUCACCCGAUCAGCAGACACCACCAAUUGGAUCGACAGCUUCGAUGAAAAAGCCUAUGCUUCCACCAGCUACAAAUCCAUUACCAACAUCCAUUCCAAGCACAUUGUCGACAACACCUGUUGCCGCUGCGGUAACUCCUGCUGCAGUCACUCCCACAGCUGUAUCAAUUGCAGGGAUAAAUCCUCAGGCGCCAGGUGCUGCUGCUGCUGUUCAAUUGUUAACAAAUUCAACUCUUUUGUCAAAUACGUCUACUGCAUCUCCAAUCAAAGUUUAUACAAUUCCAAAGACACAAGCUACGGUUUCUAAUCUAGGACAAAAUGCACAGAUUGUUACAGCUUCUAGUACCACGACCGUACCAACACCGACAACAAUGUCCGGUAUGGCCGCAUUGGCUGCUGCUGCAGCGGCAACCCCACGUAUAACAACAAAAACAUCGGCCGUUUCAACUGCAAGUAACAUUCGAAUUGUAACGCCUGCCGCCGUGCAACUUCAUCCGACUACAUCAUCAUCUCCUACAACUGGUAUUAAAUUAACACCUUCGGCCAGUACAUCAACGGCUACGACACCUCAACAAAUUCGUUUCAUUACGACAUCAUCAGUUCAGUCUGGUACUAAACAGAUUCUCAUAAAAGGUAAUGCGGGAGGUGCGAUACAGACAUCACAGUUAAUAUCGCUAGCUAAAUCAUCAAAUGGUACAUUACAUUUGGUGGGAAAGAUUCCCAACACUGGUGUUACCGGACAAGGACAGCAGCAGAUUGUUAAAAUUAUAACACAAAAUCCAUCCAAACCGGUUACUGUAUCAGUAGCUUCAACAUCAUCUUCGGCCACAACUUUAACUACCACAGAUUCUGCAUCUUCGAAUUUAUCGACAAACACAACGAAUACACAGCAAGCCAAGAUUAUUAAUACACCAACAAAUGUUAAAAUGAUCGUAUUACCAAACUCAUCUAGAUCUGGACAACAAUUAGUCAUUGCACCUCAGACUGGUACAUCUAGUAAUGCACAAACUUCAUGCUCCACUCCUAUGGUAUUGAACAAAUCAAUUAAAAUUCCGGUAUCUGCCAUCCGUAAUCAAACAGUACAAGGUGGCGCAUCCAAAUUGGUCAUUUCUGGCAGCCAUUUGCAAUCAAAUUCAAUUCGUUUGAUUCAAUCUAACAAUAAUCGUGUAGUGUUAGUACAAUCCACCCAGCCAACAAUAUCGACAACUGGAUCAACUAUAUUAACUACUACGACUGCUACUACAAUCGCCCAACCGAUCAAUACAGUUGUGACGGCUACAAAAAUCCCUCAAAGUGAUGGUCCUGAAGAUGAAGAACCAAAAAAUGAAAUUUCCACCUCAGCGGACGAAGACCAGAAACCAUCUUUUGAUCAUGACCCGAAAAUGGCUGAUGAUCAAAAACCAAAAACUAACAGAAUGGAAACCAGCGAAUUAACACCCUCGUCGAUCGUCACAACCACGACUACGUCAACCAUGACAACUACAGCUGCUGCUACAACUAUCACACCCGCGAUUGCCAAACCAACUAUUGUUACGACAUUAGGUUUAACCGCAAAUAAGAGGACUGAAAACGCAACGACUAUUCACCGUCCGUCAAAUGUUGCGAUUAAUAGUAAUGACAAUCAUCAUCUGCAACAAUCUUCGAAGUUGACGUCUCAUAAACCGGAGCAACAACAAGAUAAAUGGUAUGAUGUUGGUAUAUUCAAAACGAAUAGCUGUUCGAUUACGAAUUUUUUGAUACCUAAUGAUGAUUCGAUCAAAUAUGAUGCCGAGUUGGAUUUUGAUUCAAAAUCCUGUCCACAGUAUGCAAAAUUUUCCCGCGUCUAUCUUGAACCGGGUACAUCAUAUCGAAUUCGUGUGGCCGCUGUUAAUCUCUAUGGUCGUGGACCUUGGAGUCCUGCUAUCGCAUUCAAAACAUGCUUUCCAGGAUUUCCACCUGCUCCAACAUCUAUUAAAAUAACCAAAAGUUUAGAUGGUGCUCAUAUUUCCUGGGCUAUACCUCCAUCGGCAUCAAAAGAUAUAACUGAAUAUACAGUUUAUUUGGGUGUCAAAACUGUUCUGCCACCUCCGACAAGUGGUGAUUCAUCAUCAUUCAAUCCAUCCCCUUUUGCAUUUGCCAAAGUAUAUUGCGGACCACAAACAGAAGCAAUGAUACCGAGUCGUGUUUUGAUCGAUGCCUACAUCGAUCAAGAGGCCUCAAAACCAGCCAUCAUUUUCCGUAUUGCGGCUAAAAAUGAAAAAGGAUAUGGGCCUGCUACGCAGGUUAGGUGGCUACAGGAAACAUACCAAUCACCGGGAUCCUCAUCUUCAGCUGGAACAUCAUCUGCAUUGGCUAAUAAACGAUCAUUUUCUCAGAAUAAUGAUUUCGCUUCAAACAAUAAAAAAAGUAAAAUGUAAUGAUUCUGGUAUUGUAAACAACAUCGAUUUACGACUGCAAACAUUUUCGAUCAUCUGGCUUGUCCUGGUUAAUAGGAAGGAUUCUAACAGAAAUUUCUAUUGUAAAUAUAUUCAAUUCAAGAAAAUGACAAGACAUUUCAAUUUGUUCUU